GUGAUGUUCUUUCCACUCGUUCAUUACAUAUUUUGUGUGUAGUGUGUGUCAAGAGGACGAAUCUUUUUUUCUUCCUCUGCUAAAAAUCAGAAAAUUUGCACAUUUUUGUGUCGCUUCAGGGCUGCUAGUUCCGAUCGCUAUGUAGCGCAGGUGCCAAGGGCGUCGCGAAUGAAUACGGUUUGUCCGCUAGUUGCCGAAUUGUUGGCGGAAGGUGUGAAUAAUUUUUUGCUCGAAUGCUGAAUUCUUUUGUUGUGGAGUACCACCAGAAGAAGAGUGGAUUAAAGAAAACAGGAGGUGAUAGAAGAAGACGUAGUGCAGUCGCAGUGCAAGGGCCAAAGUGCUUAUGGAUUGGUCCGUCCAGCGGAUCUUAUGUAUGUGGUUCUCGCGCUAACUGCUGGCACCUGCUGCUCGCAGAGUCGACGGGGCGUUCGAUUGUUGGGCCUUUCCGGGUUAGUGCCGAGGGCUCGCUCAAAUUCUGUAGUUGCUAGAGCCGAAAGAAGAAGAAGAAGAGCAAGGGGGCAGAGUAUUAUAGAUAGGAUAGCACCAUUCCGAAAUCAAGAAGGUAGUUUUAACAAUGGACGAGGAUCGUCACAAACGCCUGCUGGCGUUGGAGGAGAGGUUGCGCGAUCCGGGCAGUAUUGCCAACGUCGACUGUCUGUUGGACACGGUGACGGCACUGGUUGCAGAUUGUGAUCACGACAAUGUUAAAAUUAUCAAAAAUAUCGAAACGUACAUUAAGCGCUACAAGGAGCUUGCGCGGGAGAUCAACGAUUUGCGCAUGAAGCCGGAUGACUUCAUCCCCAUCAAGCUCAUUGGCCGCGGGUCGUUCGGUGAGGUGCAACUGGUGCGUCACAAAACGUCCAAACAGGUGUAUGCGAUGAAGCGGCUGUCCAAGUACGAGAUGAUCACCCGCUCGGACACGGCGUUCUUCUGGGAGGAGCGAUACAUCAUGGCACACGCCAACUCGGAGUGGAUCGUUCAGUUGCACUAUGCCUUCCAGGACAAUAAGUACCUGUACAUGGUGAUGGACUAUAUGCCGGGUGGCGAUAUUGUUAGUUUGAUGAAUAUUUACGAAAUUCCUGAGAAGUGGGCAAUUUUCUAUACGAUGGAAGUUGUGCUGGCUCUGGACACGAUCCACAAUAUGGGCUUCAUACAUCGCGAUGUUAAACCCGAUAAUAUGUUGCUGGACAAGUACGGCCAUCUUAAGCUGGCCGAUUUCGGCACGUGCAUGCGUAUGGGUCCAGACGGGUUAGUGCGUUCGUCCAACGCCGUCGGAACACCCGACUAUAUUAGUCCAGAAGUGCUGCAAUUUCAAGGUGCUCAAGGGGGCUAUGGGCGGGAGUGCGAUUGGUGGUCGGUUGGUAUCUUUCUGUACGAAAUUUUGAUCGGCGAUACCCCAUUCUACUCGGAUAGUUUAGUCGGAACUUACAGUAAAAUCAUGGACCACGAGAACUCGUUGCAUUUUCCGCAGGACGCAGCUAUUAGUCAGAACGCAAAAUCGCUAAUCAAGGGGUUUCUCACCGAUCGAACAAAACGAUUGGGUCGACACAGUGUAGAUGAGAUCAAGUGUCAUCCGUUUUUUCAAAACGAUGUGUGGACGUUCGACAAUCUGCGUGAAUCGGUUCCACCUGUCGUACCGGAGCUAAGCAGCGAUGACGAUACACGUAACUUCGACGAAAUUGAACGGAAGAAUAGCGUUGAGGCUAACUUCCCUACCCCAACGACGUUCUCGGGCGACCAUCUUCCAUUCAUCGGAUUCACCUACACAGGCGAUUUUCAGUUGCUGACCGGUGCUCAGGACAAUGUGGACAACAAACCCACGGCAAUAAAUUCAUCGACUCGGCGAAAUCAUCAUGCACGGCAUCGAUCAUCCAACAACGCAGAACUGCUUCGGUUGGAAAAUAUGCUGCAACGAGAACGCAACACCAUAGAGAUGUUAGAGAAACAGGAGCGAACGUUGCGGCAGCAGAUUGAGAUCAUAACGCAGCGCGAGACCGAAAUACAAAAUUUAGCCAACAGCUAUGAGAAGGAACUGACCAUGCUAAAGCAUAACUAUCGUGAAAUGCAACGAAAGGCAGACAGCGAACAGGAAGUUCGACGAAAGACAGAAAAUAUGUUGCUCGAGACAAAGCAGCGGUUGGAGGAGGAAAAAAGCAAACGAACACGCGAAAUGAACAACAAUCAACAGUGCAACGAUCGGAUAAAUUUGUUGGAAAAACAGCUGGCGGAUAUGCAGGAGAAGUACAAAAAUGAGACCGAAACAAGCCAGAAAAUGAAGAAACAAGUAGCAGAACUACGUCUCUCCAAGACAGACGUUGAGCAGAAAGCUAACGAUCUGCAAUCGAUGCUUGCCGGGUUGCAGACAGCGCGAGAUGUCCUCCAACAGGAGGUUGCGGAUUUACAGUCGCGACUAGCACAGGAAAGAAAUUCUCGCUUGCAGAUGAGCGAACAGCAAAAGGAACUGGAAGUUAAGAUUAUUUCCCUCAGCGGUGAUUUGGAGCGUUCCAUAACGCGAGAGCAACAGGUUCUGGAGGACAACCGCAGCCUAACCGAUAAGAUAUCCGAAAUGGAGAAGGAACAUGCUUCGAUCGAAUGUGAACUGAAAGCUGUCCAGAACCGGUACCAUCAGGAGGUAAAGGCGCACCAGGAAACGGAAAAGUCGAAACAACUUAACAACGAAGAGGCUAACAUGCAGGAGGUUAAAGCACUACAAACCAAGUUGAAUGAGGAAAAGGUGGCACGGCAGAAGGCGGAGCAAAACUCACAGGAGAAAGAGCGUCAAAUUUCGAUGCUGUCAGUGGAUUACCGUCAGAUCCAGCAGAGGUUGCAGAAGCUUGAGGGCGAAUACAGACAGGAAUCGGAAAAAGUUCUAGCACUGCACAGCCAGCUCGAGCAAGAGCAGAAUAAGAAAAGCACGUUGCUAUCAGAGCUUAGUCUGCAGAGUUCAGAAGUGGCACACUUGAAAGCAAAGGAGCUGCAAUUGGUUAAGGAGGUACAGCAGUUUCGUGAGACGAAACGCAAGUACGAGGAAGAUAUUGUAAAAAUCAAAAAUGCUCACAAUGUUGAUAUACUCCAGAUGAAAGAACUGCAGGAUCAACUGGAAGCCGAACAGUACUUUUCUCGUCUUUAUAAGACACAAAGCAACGAAGUUCGCGAAGAGCUGGAAGAGAAGACCCGACAAAUUCAGGAGCUCGAAGAGGAGCGCAGCUCGGUACUGCACCAGCUGCAGUUGGCUAUGGCACGAGCUGAUUCGGAAGCAUUGGCGCGUUCGAUAGCCGAAGAAACGGUGGCCGAUCUGGAGAAGGACAAAACCAUGAAGGAGCUCGAAUUUAAAGAUCUAAUCACGAAGCAUCGCAACGAGUUGUCAACCAAAGAAGCGGCCCUUACGUCCCUGAAAGAUCUCGAGACCGAAAUGAACAAGAAACUGAACAACAAACUGUUUGAGAUCGACGAUCUAACGCAGCAGAACCGUAAGCUGCACGACGAGCUGGGUCAACUGAAAACCGAACAGAGUGAAAUGGAGAAAUUGCGCACAAAAUUCAAGACUGAGACGAUGCUGAAGCAGCAGGCAGUCAACAAGCUUGCCGAAAUAAUGAACCGGAAGGACAACAACCUUACGGGCAAGCAGAAGAACAAAGUUAAUUCGACUGCGGAUCUAAGGAAAAAGGAGAAAGAAAAUAAACGUCUUCAGCAGGAGCUGUCGGUUGAACGUGCCAAGUACGAUGAAUUGAGCCUGAAGCACAAUGAAACCAUCAGUCAAUUAUCAAGAGAAAUUGAUAUCAAAACUAAGCUUCAAAUGGAGAUUGAAUGUAAAGCGACCGAGAUCGAACAUCUGCAAAUGAAGUUGAAUGAGACGGCCUCGUUAUCGUCUGCCGAAAACGAUACCAUCGAAGACAACCAGGACGCAAUAUUCGAGGGUUGGUUGAGCAUACCGAACAAGCAGAACAUCAAGCGGUACGGCUGGAAGAAGCAGUUUGUGGUUGUGUCACCCAAGCGGAUCAUCUUCUACAGCUCGGAGGUUGACAAGCAGCAUACGAUAGAUCCGCUGCUGAUCAUCGAUCUUAGCAAGGUAUUUCAUGUCCGACCUGUGACGCAAGGGGACGUUAUUAGGGCGGACCCCAAGGAAAUUCCAAGAAUUUUUCAGCUGCUGUACGCUGGAGAGGGUGAAGCAAGGCGGCCUGAUGAGCAGCAGCAGUUAGAUGUUAGCUCAUCGAAGGCGGAUGAAAGGCCCAUGACAUUGCAGUACAAAGGUCAUGAAUUUCUUCAGAUCAGUUACCACAUACCAACCACGUGUGAUUUGCCAUCGUGCCAGAAAACCCUUUGGCACGUGUUCAAAUCGUUGCCAGCCUACGAGUGCAAAAGAUGUCGCUUCAAGUUGCAUAAAGAGCACGUGGACAACAAUAACCCGUUAGCGCCGUGCAAGUUACACCAUGAUCCGAAUCAUGCCCGCGAAAUGCUUCUGCUUGCCUCUUCCAACGAGGACCAGAAUCGGUGGGUAAGUCGACUGUCGAAGCGUAUCCAGAAGAGUGGAUACAAGGCUAACUCGACCAACAACCUUGGAGGUGCUGGGGGUAGCACCAGUAGUAAUAGUAGUAGUGGAAAUAGUGACGGUAGCAAAAUAUCGCCGAGUCAAUCAACACGUUCCAAUUUCAAACCAUACGCUGUGAAUGUGCAACGGUCGGCUACCCUGCCGGCAAAUGCGUCGCUGAAGCAACAGCAGUGAACUUCUCUCACGGGUCAGAUUUAGCUUGUUUGAUUCGAAUCAAGUGAAGCGGAGUAAACAAGCGUAAACCAGCGCUGCAACAAUAUUACUACAACUACGACGGUUAAACUGCUAUGCUACUAAAAAUAUAAUAGCAACUAGUGAUAGUUUAUUGACAAUAAUCUUUCCUUCGUACCGCGACAAUUAAAUAGCAGUGGCAGAUUGCAAAAAAAAACCCUCUGGCUCCAAAUAGCAGCUCAAUCUUCAUCAAAUAUAUUAAACUGAUAAUGGUUUAUAAGGACUAGCUUCUAUAACGCAAAUUACAAACUUACUCUAAGGGCAAGCGUCGUUCGCAUUUAAUACUUUCGUACAGCAGUAGUUAUCUAACAAAUUAGACUUUCGAUAGGUUCGCGCCCACAUCCGAAUCAGUUUAACGCCAUUCCCAACGCAGAAUUUAACGAACCGAAUAAAAACAAAACAAUCAGCAGUGCUGUGUGUGCUAGUGAUUUCCAAUUAGCGAUUUUCUUAGACAUAGCUUAUACUUACUAAUUUUACCGGGUUCGAACUUUUUCUAACCCUCAUCAUAACGGCAGCUAUAAAUCUUUCAAACUGCACAUUCCUGCUAACACAAACUGGCUUCUGCUUCCUGAUGUAGACCUUGGACUGACUGACUAACUGAUUCCUAUCCGUUGUUGUUUUAUUUGGCACCCUUUCUAGUACUCUACUUAAUAACAAAACCAAGACCAAUUGAAACACGCAGAUAAUAAGAUAUUUAGAUGUUCAUAAAUUAUUCGUUUUUAUUAAGAAAACAAGUUGAUGAAAAGAAAGCGAAAAGUUAACAUUUGUUCUAGUUUUUUUUUGUUUCGCCGUAGAAUGGUAACUUUUUAGGGGUUUGAAUUUAACGAAAAAAGAAGUUGAAUCGUAGUGGAAUUCAAAAUUCCUAACCUAUAGAUUGAAAAGUGGAAUGCCAGUGCAGCUUUUCCUGAGAAGAUAAAUAUAGCUAAGGAUCCGCAGCCUUUGUGUAUUUUUAGCUAGCAUUUAAAUAUACAUUUUUUCGGACGAAGCUCGUUAAAACUUUGUACAGUAUGAGAAAUCGUUAUCAUAUUAUAUAUAUUUAAAAUAUUUUUUAAAUAACUUUUACAUGUAUAGUGAACAAAUUCCAUUUUACAAAACAAGUGCCUUUAAAUCUAAUUAAAUAAAUACCUAUUAUAUAAUUUUUCCUAACAAAUAAUUCAUCGCUGAGGCGUGAGGAAACGAAUCAGGAUCACAGCUGAUAGAACAGACGGUUAUAUACGAGUAAGAAUGAAACCAAUGUGAGCUUUAGAUACUUAGUUGUGUCUUUUCUAUCCCAAGUUUUCAUACGAACGGCUCUUUGAAUAAAACUGUGUACAUUUUGAAAA